AUGCCAGAGAUUACCUGCGAUGAAGAUCUACCCAAGCUUCUCAACACUCCAACAAAGCAGGUCAAAUGGGUCAAGAAAUUGAUUCUCAAACAUCUGGGUAGCGCCGUGGACCGUGUCGAUAGACCUCCUAUGCAGGGAAUGUUCAGUCGGACCUUCUUUUUGAUCCUAAAGGAUAAACGGGAGAUAGUGCAUCAGUUUCGUACCGAGCCACUUGAUCUUAAUGCCUUCAAAACCGCCAGACAGGCCCUAGGCUCUAUUGUGCCUGACGCUACUGCUCUAGAAGACGAAGAGCUUCUUGCGCAAGGAGUUUGGGCCUAUACCUUUAAUCUUUUGCCAGGCGAAAUGUGGUUACGAGGAAUUUCCGGUAAAGGGGCACAGGGCCGAAUCGCUAUCAAUAAAUCUCUUGGUCGCGUCCUAUCCAAGGGCUGCCUCGCGAGUAACAGUGAUGAGGCUGUUGAUGGCCGUAUCCGAUUACACCUUGAGGCCCUCUUGGCAUCGUCGGAAGAUGAUAUCAAACCAUAUCAGCAUCAACUUCAAAGUUUUGUUGAUAAGUUAGAGCAGUUCAAAGAGCUUCCACUAUGGGUUGCUCACUAUGAUCUUAACGAAGUGAACGUUCUCAUCGACGAGGACUGCAAUGUUACUGGCUUAAUUGACUGGGAGCUAUCUACGCCUCUUCCUUUCGGGAUUGGCUUCGGUCGUAUUCACACAUAUGCUGGCGAAUACAGUGGCGGGGAGUUUUGUGUACCAGAUGAAUUUGAAGAUGCGGAAAGGGCCUUUUGGCACGAGCUGUUCGAUGGAAUGCCAACAGAAAUCCAUCGGAAGCUGAAAGGCGAUAUGAACCUUGUCCAAGAUGCUGUUAUCCUUGGUACUCUUUUGGAUUGCCUUGCAUUCGAGAAUGGGAAGGUCAUUGUGGGCAAGGUUGCUAAAAAGGCACUCCCUAAGCUUCUUACUUACCGAAUCCCAUUCAUUCGAGGGCAAGGGCCUCCCUACCGAGAUUAA